UACAUACAUGUAUUCCUGGAUCCCGUGCGCUCCUCAUCCGCUCCUCCUUUUCAGUUCGCACCGCAGUGAAUCCUUUGUGUGUGUGUUUUUGUUUUUGUUCUGUUUUGCAUCACUUAAUUACUUAACGACGCUUCUUCUUCUCACACACAGCUCCGUCUUUCUCUUUGAACGAGAAACACAUACACACAUAUCUUUUUUUUCCCACCUCGACAGCAACUAUGUUCCCCUACGACGAGUACGUGAACGGUCACGUCGUGCAGCAGUACAUGCUGGACAACGUCGACUACUGCUGCUACCUCGCCUUCGCGUACCUCGGCAUGGUGCACUACGGACCUGGGAUUGCCAAGUCGCUCCUGGGCGAGAACCCCGCCCCGGUCGCUGCGGCUGAUGGCAAGCGUCCUCGCCCGCCGGCAGACCCGGAGUGGCUGCGUCUGUCCAUGGUUGCGUGGAACUUCUUCCUUGCCAUCUUCUCCAUCUGCGGGGCGGUAGUGAUUGUGCCGGCGCUGCUUGGCGCCAUCGCGAAGAACGGCCUGCGGAAGACCGUCUGCGUGCUUGACGAUGAGCUCACCUACACCUCCCCGUGUGGCUUCUGGACCGCCAUCUUCGUCGUAAGCAAGAUCUUUGAGCUGGUGGACACCCUCUGGCUGGUUCUGCAGAAGAAGAAAACGCCGCCGUUCCUGCACUGGUACCACCACGUCUCGGUGCUCAUCUUCGCCUGGUCCAGCUACAGCGUUGGCAGCUCGACGAUGUCGGUGUUCGCCGCCAUGAACAUCUGCGUGCAUUCCAUUAUGUACUCGUACUUUGCCCUAUGCGCGUGCGGUGUGAAGAAGCUGCUGCGCCCCUUUGCCCCUUUCAUCACGGCCCUGCAGAUUGCGCAGAUGGUGGGCGGCUCGGUGCUCACCUUCUACUCCUACGCGGUGAACGCGUCGGCCUACAACGCCGGGGUGACAGAUAUUCAUCAGCUGCCCUGCGCCGUGUCCAAGUCCGCGGCUCGCUUCGGUGUGUUGAUGUACGUCUCGUACCUCUACCUCUUCUCGCAGCUCUUCGUGAACUCGUAUAUGAAGAAGCCCGCCCCGGCCUCGAAGAAGGCUGCGUAG